AUGGUGAUCACUGCAGCCAUUUCUGGCACCAUGCUGGUGCCGGGGCUCUUUAGCCGUGAGUGCACCGUGGUCUAUGCGGCCUGCCCAGAGGAGAGCGAUUGCGAUGAUGUUGGUGAGAAGGGUGCCUCCAAAGAUGAGGCCACUUUGGAUCAGAUGCAGAGAUCCAAGCUGGAGGAUCUCGAAGAUUCUCAUGUCCGAUUUGAAGAAGACAUGUAUGACGCUGUCACAGUGGCAGCCUUUGGGCAACUAAUCUUGGAGCUGCCAACAGAACGUAUUCACAUACAUCCCGUUUGGAUGUUCGUGCUUUCCGCGCCCUUGUUUGGAUUGCAGCAAGCUGCGUUACUGUACCUCCGUCUGAGCCAGGACUUGGGCGCUCCAGUGCACAAUCGCGAGGAGACCGAAUCACUGCAGGCGUUUCUCCCGCUGGCAAAGACCUUGAUGAUCUACACCAUGGCACUGAUGCUUUUCCCAGAACUUUUGGGCGCCUUGCGGCUGAUGAUGUUCCUGGUAAACCCCACAACCUGGACAGACAUCGAGCGCUACAAAAGUGAGUGGUUGCCUUGCAUUUGGUCUCCUUUUUGCGUGUGCCCAGUGAGCUUGGCCAGUGAGAUGCUGAAGUUCUGUGUGGGAUAUGUCGUUUUGACCGACUCUGUGAGUAUCGUGCUGGCAUGCAACUCCGUCCAGGACACAAUCUUCAACAGCUUGGCAUUGACCUUCCUGGUCGAGCUGGACAACAAGCUUUGGGAAGUCGCAAGGAGUGUGUUCCACCUUCGGUAUGAAGGAGAGCAGUUCAAAUUGAGACCAGAGGCUGAAAGGGACGCUACAGCGAGCCAAGUUUGGGGAAUCCGUCCGCGCAGCUGGCUGCACCGGAAACAUGGUGCCGCCGCACUGGAAGCGUGUUUCACAUCAGCAGUGUUCAUGUUUUGCUACUGCCGGCAGUUCCUCAUCACUGAGUAUUCAUUGAGGACUGAUACACUCCCAAUGGCCCGCGACAUGUGCACGUUGUGGGAGCUGACCAAUAAAAACAGCUGGGUGGGGGAGCUGGCGCGCUGCACCCUAAGGCUAAUGUGCUUCGGAGCUCAUCCCAAUGGCUUACUGCAGAUGGUGUGUGACCCCCUCUAUGGUGGUUAUUGCAGCCCCAAGUUUCGGCGGAUCGAGCUAAACGACAUGUACGAGGUGAUUCUUGCUGAACCCACUGCCACAAUCUCCAAUAUGGUGACCUUCGCGGUGGUACUGUUGAUCCCUCAGAUCUUUCAGCUGGCUUUCCUGCCAGAAAGAGGAGAAGAUCAGGCUGCCUCGCCUGUGUCAACUUGGCCAACAUCAUCAAAAGCUCGGAAUCCCCUUCGUGCUUCGAAGAAGUGGUUGAGGAGGCGAAGCAGUUGA